UAUUUAACUGGAAUUUUCAUGAAAAUAUUUCCCCGUAUAAGUCACUUUCAAAACGGAAACCUAACGCAGAAAAAAUUCAAAUUUAAAAAAAGUAUUAAUAUAUAAUUCACAUAGCUUUGGAAUUAUAAAAUAGGGCAUAAUGUUUUUCUGGACUGUUCUAUGCUCCUAUAUCCUUAUUGCGAGUGCUAAAGAAAUAAAUAUGGAAGCAGUUAUGAAAUCCAUCCAAAGCUUCUGUGAGAAAAUGGAAGAACAUGGUGAAAGUAUGAGAUCAGACAUGAAUAAAUGUUUUUCAUUGAACCCGAAAAAUAUUCAAGAUAUUUUACUUCGAUGUUAUACUAAAACCAUUCCAGGAGUGGAAGAUGAUUUUUCCUUUUUCCAAGAAGCGUGUAAAGACCAUACAACUAAAUUUCCAGAACUAUUUGAAUGUUAUGGAGAAAAUAAGGACAUAUUGCAGAAUACUAAUAGAACUGAUGCAUUGGAUUGUGAAAUAGCUAUGUCUAAGAACUAUGAUUUAGAUAUGUUUGUACCAAUGGAUGAAGAACCAAAAUCUGAAUAGAAACUUAAUUGUGCAUUUUUUUCAUCAAUAAAAUAAAAACCUUUCUUUUUCAAGAGAAAA